AUGAAACAAGAAGAUAAACCUGCCCAGGUUCCCGACUUUGCCUCGAUUCAGCAACUUUUGAUGGCCAUGAAUCAUAUGAAUAACCAAGUGCAAAACCCGGAUCUCUUUGCUCAACUUUUCGGGAAUAGCCCGAAGCCAGAAUCUUCCCCCAAUUCUGAAGCCACCAAGAUCUUUAACAAUUUUGGAAUCGAAUCUUUGACUCAGAAUUCGGAUAACAAAAAAGAUGUGGAUAAACAAAGCGAGACCGAUACGAUCCCGGACGAAGAUCCCCAAUCCCCAUCAGGUAUGUUGAUCUAUGAUAUAAAGCUUGAUUAUCUAUUAUUUCUAAGAAAAUUGUCAUUGCAGAUGCCCAGAUCAGCUCUGGAUCCCUAAAAUUGCCGUCGCUGUCCCCGGAUAACACCAAUGGCCUUCAUUCUUUCAACGGAGGGCUAUCUCCCACUGCUUCAGAAUUAGAUCACGGUCGAAGGAAACAACGGAGAUAUAGGACAACUUACACUGGAUACCAGUUGGAUGAGUUGGAGAAGGUGUUCAUGACCACCCACUACCCAGACAUCUUCACCAGGUGUGUCCUUUCUCCACAUUUGGCCUUAUUUUUCGCUUUUUAUGUUAUUAUACCUGAUCCGUUGUUCCGUGGCCUCUUAGUCACCUACCUCUCCCUAAGUAUACAUUACAUGUCGCGGCAUAUAUGCCCAUGUAUAAUGUGUAUUAUGCGCAAUUUAAUCUGAGAGCGGAUAUUAUUCGAAAAGGGGUCCGAAAUUUGCAAUUAUGCAUUUUACGCGCUAAUUAAGGGCACACCGCCGGCCAGGAAUGGUAAUUGGAGAAGGUGGCCAGGACAAAGAAUUGUUUUCAUUGGGGCCAAAUAUUAAAGUACCGGCGAUAAAAUUACCGGAACUGCGAGUCGGCCGAAAGCCGCCCUUAGGGUAAUUCAAUUUGUCCGCCGAAAAGUCAAGAAUAGCUAAUGGGAUUAGAGUGAAUACAGUAUCUCAUGGUUCCGGCCUGUGAUCGUAAUAGUCGCAGCGAUCGCCCGGAGUUAUUGCUGAGCAAACAAGGGCCUGGAAGUUACCUGGAGCCAAUAAAUCAAAGGCAUUGAACCGCUCGCGCAUUUCGGGGACACCUGCCCCUCCCUCCCCCGCCCGACAAUGUUUUUUGGACAACGUUGCGCGGACGGUUGUCGCUCUAUUAAGGUAAUUAGUUAUCCUUGGCGCGCUAAUUGUCCUGCCGACUCAGAUUUAUGGACUCGGCCCGUUUUAUGGCAGGUCUGACUUUUCGUUUUGAAAUUAUGAGCAGCGGGGAAAUCGAAGAAAAACUCUUCAGUUAUCAUAGACUAAAGCAAUAUUAUUUUAGAGAAGAGUUGGCCCAACGACUUGAUCUGAAGGAAGCCCGAGUCCAAGUUUGGUUCCAGAAUCGUCGUGCCAAACAUCGAAAGCAGGAGAGAUCAAGCGGCCAUCCCUAUGCGCCCCCGGGGAGCGCCAUAACACAUCCUUCGCUCGCUCAGAUGGCCUCCUAUCCUGCCUGGAUGUUGGCCCAACAAGCCAGUUUCCUCGAGAACAUGCCCUAUUUCAACAUGACCGGUCUGAAUCAAGAGAACAAGACCUCGGUUCAUAGUCCCAAUGAUGCCGAGAAGGACAACAAUAACGGGUUUAGCCAGAUCCAGGCUCUUUUCCAGCAACAACAAUACGCAAAUUACUUCCUGAACUCCCUUUUGAUGCAGAAACAGAUGAACCCCUCUUCCCCGACCUCUGCCGCCACCCAAUCGGCCUUUGUUUUCCCUCCCUCUGCCUCGAUGUUAAGUCAAAUGAGCGAAUCCAGCACUCCGAAUACAUCGACCCCUUCGACGAAUGGAUCAAACAAUCUUUUGAAUGCAUUUCUGGCAGCAAAUCAAGGAAAGCCGAGUGAAGAAAAGGAAAUAAAGGAGAUCAAGGAGGUAAAGGAAGUGAACGAAGAGAAGGAAGUCUCCGAAACAGAUGAAUCCAGAUCCAGGACGACUUCUCCAGUCCAGGAAUAG